AUGACGGACGCUAACCCCAUAUAUGUCAAUGCUUUCCUACCUGGACGGACCCCAGUCGCCAAGCACGUGCUGAGCGAUCUGCUGCGUCAACAUGAUACCCCAACCCAGCGGUUCAUGAUUCCUGCCCUGAUGAAUUUGUAUUUGGAGCAAAGAAAAGAGAAAAUGAUAGAGCCUUCGGACAGAAGAAGGGCUGACGAGGUGGUCAUCUACCAACAAAUGAUGAUAUGGCAAUCAGAUCCUCCUACAAAUCGUCUUGAUGCUCUUCACUUCACGAUCCUUGCAAAUCAGUACAUCAAGAGUCUGCAGCAGCAUGGGAACCUUGGCCUCCGCCUCAAAGCCAACUCACAUUGGAUUUUCUCCAACAUUGCCUAUCGACUCAGACCCGGCCAACCAAACAGGUUUCUGUGGGGAGAUGAACAAACCAGCGAUGAAAUCGACCCUCUUGUAGGCCUUUCUCCAAAGCUUCUGGACAUCUACGCUGCGGUUACCUGGGAGUUGCAAGUGAUACAGCCGGUAUCGAUUCAGAGGAAAGGCUUGCUUGAAAGACUUACUGGAAUGAGACAGCACAUGUCGCACCUCAUGCCCUUGUCCGGCCGGAAGAUUCAGAUUCUUGCAGAUGGAGCAAGCGCCUACUUGCAUGCAGCUUAUGUAUACGUCCUAUGCCGCUACCAUAGGAAAGUCCUCCCAACUAUCCUGGACAGAUAG